AUCAUUUAUUACUAUCGUUCAAACCAUUCUUACCAUGAAAUCUUUAAUAUUUCUAGUUCUCUCAGUAAGCCUUGCUUAUGGAGCAAGAGUAUUCACUCAACGAAAUGUUCAUCCAUUAUCUGAUGAGAUGAUUGAUCGAAUCAACUCUAUUGGAACAACUUGGAAGGCUGGACGUAACUUUGAUGAAGCUUCAUUACCAUAUGUUAAAAGGCUUUUGGGAUUUAAAGGAAGUUCACUAAGAAAGCUGCAACAAGUUCAUCACGAAAUCAAUGAAGAGUUGCCUGAAAGUUUUGAUGCUCGUGAAGCUUGGUCCAACUGUACCCAAAUCAGAACAAUCAGAGACCAAGGAAACUGUGGAGGUUGUUGGGCUUUUAGCACAGUCGAAACUAUGUCUGACCGUAUUUGUAUCGCCUCUCAUGGUGAACUUCAAGUAUCAUUAUCAACACAAGAAAUGGUGACUUGUGGUGAACCUGGAGGUUGUGAAGGUGGAUACCUAGAAACUUCCUACGAUUAUUAUCAGACUGAUGGUAUCGUUACUGGUGGCCUCUAUCAUGAAGGUGGCUGUUUGCCUUACACUUUACCACCUUGUAACCAUUCAGUUAACGAAGUUUUGCCAAUUUGUCCAAAAACUUAUUUACCAGCACCUCCAUGCUCAAGGAAAUGUGUUGCAGGUUAUGAGAAGACAUUUGCCGAGGAUAAACAUUAUGGACAGGCACCUUAUACCAUUUCAUCCGAUCCAAAGCAAAUCAUGAAGGAAAUCAUGACAAAUGGUCCAGUUACUACUGGUUUUACUGUGUAUGCUGAUUUCCCUAGUUAUAAGUCAGGAGUUUAUCAAAAGACUACUGACGAUGUGCUUGGUGGUCAUGCAGUUAAGAUAAUUGGCUGGGGAACUGAGAAUGGUGUUGAUUACUGGUUAGUUGCAAACUCCUGGAACGAAUAUUGGGGCGAUAAAGGUUUCUUCAAGAUCAGACGAGGAAAUGAUGAAUGUGGAUUCGAAGAUAACGUGAUUACUGGAUUACCGAAACUUUCAUAGUAAGAGAUGAAUCAACUCUUUAUUUUUUGAAGCCUUCAGGUGAUU